AUGGCGGGGGGCCUGCCUUCGAAUUCCGAGCUGCAUCGCUGCAUCUGGCUUGCCAUCGACAAAGAAGAAACGACACAAACAUUCGUCUUCGCAGGUCCGCACGGUUCUCUCGGAUCUGCGCUGAAACCCGCUGGCGGCGCCUCGGGCGCCGACACUGGAGCGCCGCGCGCGGCGGGUAGGGAGAUCCAGCUCAGAUCCAAUUCAUCCGCGCGAGCCUCCGAGAGCAGAUUCCUCCCACUGUGGCGUUGCAGACCAGCCAUCCAGUACCACCAGCCGCUGCUGCACCUCAGCCGCUGCUUCUGA